AAUUUUUCGAAGAAUAAUAUUUAUUUAUUUCAUCCCUGUGCAAUUUUGUGUAAUUUAUACUUUUUAAUAAUAUAUUUAUUGAUAAAGAUUUUAAUUUUUACCUUUAUUUAUCUCAGUAGUUAGUGUAUGGAGAAUAAUGAGCGUUCAAGUAUGGAGGAUGAAACCAAAUCAUAUAUGCAGAUUCAGAUCGAGAAACUAAAAAAUUUACAAGCAAAGUUAUCUACAGAAGCAGAAGAGGACUAUGUUAUUAUCAAACAGGAACGAAGCGGCUAUGACUCAGAGACGAGCGAGUAUUCAGAGGAUUCUGCGGUGUACGAGGAUGUGCCGGCUACAACCAAAAGUACUGGGUCGCGGAAGAAUAUCAAUAGAGGGAGAUGGACGAAGGAGGAGGACAAGAGGUUAAAAAAUUACGUGAGGAUGUACAGUGAGAACUGGGAGCUGAUUGCGGCCCAGUUUUCCGACAGAUCAGACGUUCAGUGCCAACAGCGUUGGACGAAGGUCGUCAACCCCGAACUAGUCAAGGGUCCUUGGACCAAGGAGGAAGACGAAAAAGUCGUAGAGUUGGUAGCCAAAUUCGGACCAAAAAAAUGGACGCUAAUUGCACGGCAUCUCAAGGGCAGGAUAGGGAAACAAUGCAGAGAGCGCUGGCACAAUCAUCUCAAUCCCUCAAUAAAGAAAACAGCUUGGACAGAACACGAAGAUCGAGUUAUAUACCAAGCUCAUAAGCAGCUUGGUAACCAGUGGGCUAAGAUAGCGAAGCUAUUGCCUGGCAGGACGGAUAAUGCAAUAAAAAACCACUGGAACUCAACAAUGCGACGGAAAUACGAGCCGGACCUGUUAGACAGUUUCGAGAGUUUGCGACGGAGGCAGCCGAGGGUAAAGCCACGAGUACCCACAUACGAUAGUUUUAGUGUAUAUAGUGAAAGUGUUAGUGCGCCCGAACCAAAAGUGCAAACGGUGUAUAACGAUCAGCAAUGGCCGGAUCCCCUCAAUGAAUCGACACAGAGCAACUCGUCCACAACCAGUCAGCCGUCCAAACAGAUGUUACACUUUAGACAGUUAUUGAAGGACCAACUUAACAAUUUGCAACAGCAGAAACCUAAAACACCGGAGAGGGAACUAGUGCCUGCAGAUAUGGAGAUUGUUGAAUCGCCUUUUAAAUUCGUGAAUAUAGAAUCGUUGCCAUCAAAUUCACCUCUGAAGCACUACUUCGCACAGACGUCGGAUAACGUUACCGCCAACCAAGACGCUGUAACAUAUGCAGUACAACCGGAAACGAGUAAAGAGAUACUUGUUCCCUCGGUAUACACAUCGCCUAAGAAGAAGACGUUGGAAACGAACAGCCCUCCACCUAUACUACGACGGAAAGCAAAGAAAACACAAAGCACGCCCAACCCUAAUUCAUGGCAAGACACGUUAAAUAGGUUGGAAUCUAGAGACAGUGGCAUUACACCGAUAAAGGCUCUUCCAUUUAGUCCGUCUCAAUUCCUCAACUCACCGGCGCCGCUCACGUUCCAAGAGUUUGAUUCUACACCUUUAAGACAUGCUAAGGAAUGGAGUCAGAUGACUAGUCCGCUUUUACAUACACCAACUCCUGCCAAUUUAACGCCUGUUAACUCGCAUCUGAGGAAUAACACUCCCAAGACGCCAACUCCGUUCAAAUUGGCAAUGGCAGAAAUUGGCAAGAAAUCUGGUUUGAAGUAUGAACCAUCAAGCCCUGGCCGCUUAGUGGAAGAUAUCACUGAGAUGAUCAAGAGGGAAGAGAAUUCUGAUAGCACUGUGCAUUUGAGCGAUUCACUGUUAUCAUCCACUGCUGAUCAAGAUGCUGGUAAUGUUCAGGUAAACGAUUCCGGUAUAGGCAGCGGCAAGCGACGGUGUUCUGAAGGUUCUCAGGCGGGCAAAGAGAACGUACCAGGUUCUGGUACCGGCGGAGGACACAAGCGAGCUCGCAAAGCACUAGCGCCCGCGUGGGGGACCGCCGCUACUAGCACGCCGCACUCACACGUACACGCACUCGUGCCUGAUGUCUCCUUCAUUAAUGAGACACCGAGCAAAACUUUAGCGGGCGACAGCUCUGUAAUGUUCUCUCCGCCGUCGAUAGUCAAGAAUUCUAUUUUAGAAGAAUCCACGAGUCUUCACAGUCUGAUAAGCACUGACAACACACCCGAUACGAGCAAAUACGAAGAUAUUGACAUAGAAGCUGUCAUCAGCGAAAAAACAAAGAUUCGGCGUAUGUCGAGUGAGCCGAUACUUGUAAAGAAAUCCGCCGUAAGAUCUAUCAAGUUCGACCAAGAGCCCAAGGAACAGGAGGACAAAACUUCCUUUAUCGCUGUACUUAUGUCGGACGAUGAUAAAUGGGAGACCUUCGCAUGUGGCAAGACCCAAGACCAACUGGAGCUGACUAAAUUAGCACAUCAGUAUUUAAGGAAGACAGCAUUGAAGCCCCGGUCCCUUAACUUCUAAAUUAUACUUACCGUUGACUUAAUUAUGUAAAAAUGUUAUUAACAAUUGUCAUAUGAAACAGAUAAAAAUCUACAAGUCUGUAACUAUAUACAGACCAUUUCACAGUUGUAAUUGCAAACCGUACUGCUUUUACAACUUUUAUAAGACUCAUAGAAAAUCGCACAAUCUGUUACAAUUUGAGACUUGUUACUAACAACAUUACAUAAGCCCCGAGUCACCUGCCUUAUUAUGUAAGGCCAUCUAAUAAUUAUUAAAAUUGUAAUAAAUUAAAAUCAAUAUUUCAUAUGAAAUUACAUUUUAAAUAUUUUAUAGUCGCAAAUUCAAGAUAUGUGGUAUGUAAUUGCAACUAUUAAAUGGAUCAUCGGAAAAUUUUAGAUUUCAAUUUGUUUCAAAUGAGAAAUAUAAGUGUACAGAAUUGUCAAUUAGCUAAUAUAACAACUAAAUAAUUACAAAUUUGGGAAAUUAUACUUUAAAAUCAAAGCAAUAAAAGUCGAUUUUCCUAAAUAUGUAAUUUUUCUUUAACUGCAGUUUAGUAAUAAGCAUUGCUAUAUUUGUGUACAUAAAUAAUAUUUAUUUUAUAGUAUUUUAAAUAACGCAAUGAAUAUUAUUGUUUAUAAACUCAACGUGCGAGCCGGCAUCAUUUAUUUCCGUUUGAAAUAACUAUAACUUGCAUGAUUCUAUCACGAUUAGCAUGGUAAAUUCUGAAUUAGCUUCUGGAUUAAUAGUUUAAACUACAAAGUUAUUGCAUUAUGGUUCUUAAAAUUACACAAUGCUUGAUGCAAAAAUGAUUGUAAUUAUAAGAAUGUAAAUGUAAAUAUAAUUGAACCUUAUGUUUUAGAGAUAAAUUUAGAUAUUGGCAUUUAUACUUUUACCAUGAGUAUCAAACUCAUGGUAAAAGUAUAAGUGUCUGUGUUACCUGUCAAUAUACAAAACUAUAUUAUUUCGUUAUGAAUAUUUAAUGAUUGAGUAUAACUUAUAACCACUGGAUUUUUUUUUAUUUAUUGGACAGUCAAAUGAAACAAAGGAAUUUUAGUGUUUUUAAAUUUUGAUACAAUAUGAGAGAGAUCAGGAUGUAUUAAUUUUUUUUACACACACUUUUAAAGUAGUUUUUUUGUUCUGUUAAUUAUUAUAGUAAAAGUAAUUAUGUUGUGUCUGAGUGUAUAUUGUUUGUGUGAAUACAGAUUUUAGUGAAUUUCUAGAAGCAUUGAUAAUUUGAUAUAUUUGCGUAUUGAUAGUAAAUUAUGUAUGUUUUUAUUCUUUGAACCGGGUUUGAAUUUUUAUAGAUUUUUUUGUGUUGUCGCAGGUUUUUCAGGUUUAUUAUAUAUAUUUUUGUUAUAUAGAAUUUUUUUACCACAAAAAAUUGUAAAACAAAACACACGAAUAUUGGUGUAUAAAUUGUUUUACAAUUAAAAUAUUUUAUAUAAUGCCGUAUUUUAUCGUAAUCAUGAGUUUAAAUUAUUUAUGGGCAGUAGAGCCAUUAUUUUCUGAAUUCUUAGUUAUAAAAGUGGUAUAAUUUUUUAUUACAAUUUCUAAAUUUAUUAACAUUAAAUUGUCAAAAACAUUAUUUUGUGUAGGUAUGUAAGUCAAAGGGAUUGAAAACAUUUCAUGUGUUUUGCAAUACUUUGAAUCUUAAUAAUAAAUAAUAUCAAAUGCAUGCAGUAUUAUGUAAAUAAAUUUGUAUAUACUGCUUUUCAUGUGUUUUUUAUAAACAAUCUUAGCAUAUAUUUUCUUCGAAUUUGACAUAACAAAAUAAGAUAUAAAAUGAUAAACGUGUCGGAACAAUAAAAUCUUUUUGUAUCUAAUUGUAUGUGUAAAUUAAUAAAUAAGAAUAUACAGUAAUAUAUAAAUAAUGGCAAAACCUGUUUGGUUUUUUUUUAUUAUGGAUAUUUUAUAAAAACAUGCUAAGAUUGUUCAUUAAAUAUGCAACUUAUUUUAAAACAAACAUUUGCAAAUAUUUCUAAAUUUAAAUAGAUUGAAAUUUAUUGUUUCGAGAUUAUAUAUAUAUACAUAUCAUGUGACAGUUGCAGUUGCAGUAAUAAUUGCAGCUUUAACUGCGUUUAAUCUGAUUAAAUAAAGAAUUAUGUCCCAUAUAUAUCUUAUAGGAUUAUCUCUGUAUAAAUAUGACACCAUUGGUCGGGAUAGAAUAUCACUUAAUAAAUGAUCAAAUAUAACAGAACUAAAUUAUGUAAAGGCUGUAUGUUUGUAAUUAUUGUCUUAUUGUCGCUAUAUGAUCCAUUGAUCCAAUGUGAAGGCAAUAUGUUUGAAAUUGUUGGGUAAUUGUCGUAAUAUGAUCCAUUUUAUUCCAAUACAUUUUAACACUGCCUACAACAUUCUUUCUACCACUUAUGUGCAU